ACAUGAUUCCUUACUCCGAAGUUAUUUUACUUUCGCCAAGAGGACAAGUGUUAAAUCUUCUAAGUCCCAAAGUUGAAAUAGUUUUAAACGGUUCUCAUGCGUUUCGUUUACUGUUGGUUCAUACAAUUUGUGGUACAUUGAGAUAAUAUCUCUCGGUUUGUGAUGUUCUCUAUUCUCAUCACGUACAUCUUUGACAGUGUGUUCAUGUUGUUGGGAGAAGUGAGAAUUUUGUCACAAGGUUAAAAACGUUUUAGUUAUCUUGAAUCUUUCACGGCAGACUACAGCGUGUGACUUCCCUUUUUCAUUUGAACUUGAAUUUGCUUCAGAGUCAAAAGAUGUUGGAUGACAAACAAGCCAAGAAGAAAGUGAAGGAGGUAGAAAAAAUGGAGAAAGAAAAACGACUUCAGAAACUGAAAAGCCAGGUUGAAGUUAACGUUUCACGUGACCCAUCUCGACUUUAUAAGCUCACUGCGGGCUGGGAGCAGAGGAAAAAAGAUGGGCCUGGGGCAAGUGGGUCAGGACCCACCCUUCAUAUGCCACACAGGUACGUAUGUACGUCAUCCGUGGUGAACUUGUGGUAUAUUCUUUUACUUGCAAUUUUUCCCUUUGUUACUUAGUAGGAUGUACAUGUUAUAACACUACUGACCAGACACAGACGAACUGCAACAAUCACAAAUGGUGAUAAUUCAUAAUAACAUUUAUAC